AUGAUAUCAAGAGCAGGCACUGUCGCCCUCGCCGGCAGCACAUUCGUUAUCGACGAGUUUCAGUUGUACCCAGAGAAUGCGAAGUUCGAUUUCAACCGCUGCUUGGUCUAUUUUGGCGUCCUUUUCAACGCCUCGGUCGGUGUCUUCAACCCGUACACCAAGGAUCUAGAGACCAUCGAUCUGCCGGGGAUAUCAGGCGAUCCGGCCCUCCACCUCGGCCCGGCACUACCUGACGCACAGGGACACCUGACCGUGCUCAUUGACGCAGGCGCUGCCUUCAACACCGGCGGCCAGGACGUCACAGGCUCCAACCUCGUUCUCAAGUACGACCUCGACAACCGAAAGGUCAUCUGGCAGCGCAACAUCACGGAGCUGGACGUGGAGCACGACAAGGACGGCAACAUCUAUAUUGUGGGAACGUUCCCGGGGACCGUGCUGCGCGUGGACAAGGACGGCAACGGGCUCAAGCCUUUCUUCCUCCCACCCGCGGACGAGCUGGCCAACACGACGGUCGCUGGGUUCGGCGGCCUCGCGUCCAUCCGCGAGCGUGACCUGAUACUUACCAACAACAAUGUCGACGGUCAGAUCUACCGCUUCGACGGGGUCAGCGGCAGCGAGACGGGCACGCCUGUGCAGAUCCCCCGCACUGGGCCGAACGGCACGCUGCCCUCGGCGCCUAUUGGCUUCAGUGACGCCAUCCUGCUGCCGGCCAAGUACAACAACACUGUGCUGCUGGUCGCCGAGGACGCUGCGGGUGUGUGGGUCAUCAGAUCGAAGGAUGGGAAGUGGGAGAGUGCUGAGACGCUGGGUCUGGUUUCCGACAACGUCCCUGAGGCCCAGGGUGGUCAGGUCCCGGCUGCUGUCCAGAUUGGUCCGGAUGCUUUAUUCAUGCUAGAGGAAUAUUUCGCGGACCCGAUCGUGGAAGGUACUAACGCUGGCAACAGAAGUUCCUUCCCGAUGGUGAGCAUCACUGCGCAGGUGGAUGAGUUGUUGCGCAAGUCUUGA